GCCAAUUUGACGGUUGCAGUACUGUUUUGAAGCUGAAAUCUGAGGGCGGUAAACAUCAAGUGAGGACAAACCCAGCCUGAUCUCUCCUUCCACACUGAGUCCAAACCUACAGUCACUGGGUCCUGAUUGUUACAGUGGAGCCCAGUUUGCACUGCAGGAUCCAGGGAUGGCAUCAGUGAAGCUGGAAGACUGCAGUCAAACAUUGGAGCUGAAUGUCAACAUUAAAGAUGAAGAAGAGGAGGAGAAGAUGGGGACAUCUGUUUCUCAUGUGAGGACAAACCCAGCCCUCCUCUCUCCUUCCACACUGAGUCCAAACCUACAGUCACUGGGUCCUGAUUAUGACAGUGGAGCCCAGUUUGCACUGCAGGAUCCAGAGAUGGCAUCAGUGAAGCUGGAAGACUGCAGUCAAACACUGGAGCUGAACGUCAACAUUAAAGAUGAAGAAGGGGGGGAGAAGAUUGGGACAUCUGUUUCUCAUGGAGACCAUGUUGAGACAUUCUCUACAUCCAGAGAGCAGCUGGAAGAUCGCAGAGAUAACAGAUUUCACCAUUGCCCACAUUGUGAGAAGAUUGUGCCAUUUCUAUCAAAGCUAAAAAUACACCUAAAAAUACACACAGGAAAUAAUCUGUAUUCCUGCACUGACUGUGGGAAGAGCUUCACCACAUCAACUAAGCUAAAAGUUCAUCAGAGAACACACACGAGAGAGAAGCCUUAUUCCUGCUCUGACUGUGGGAAGAGUUUCUCCCGAUUGGAUAAUUUAAACACACAUGAACGUAUACAUACAGGAGAGAAGCCUUAUGUCUGCUCUGACUGUGGAAAAUGCUUUAAAACAACAGCUGAGCUAAAAGUUCAUCAGAGAACACACACAGGAGACAAACCUUACCCCUGCUCCAAUUGUAUAAAAUGCUUCACAACAUCAACUGAUCUAAAAGUUCAUCAGAGAACACACACGGGAGAGAAGCCUUACUUAUGCUAUGACUGUGGGGCGAGUUUCUCUCGACUGGACCACAUAAAACUACAUGAACGUGUACAUACAGGAGAGAAGCCUUACAUCUGCUCUGACUGUGGAAAAUGUUUUAAAACAACAGCUGAGCUAAAAGGUCACCAGAGAACGCACACAGGAGAGAAACCUUACUCCUGCUCUGACUGGGGGAAGAGUUUCUCUCAACUGGGCCAGUUAAAAGUACAUGAACGUAAACAUACAGGACAGAAGCCUUACUCCUGCUUUUAUUGUGUAAAAUGCUUCACAACAUCAACUGAGCUAAAAGUUCAUCAGAGAACACACACAGGAGAGAAGCCUUACUCCUGCUCUGACUGUAGGAAGAGUUUCUCUCAACCGAGCCACUUAAAAAGACACCAAGGUAUACAUAAAGGAGAGAAGCCUUCCUACUGCUCUGACGACGGAAAAUAUUUGAAAUCAUCAGCGGAGCUAAAAGGUCAUCAGAGAUCACACACAAGAGAGAAACCUUACUUCUGCUCUUACUGUGGCAAGAGUUUCUCCCGAUUGGGAAAUGUGAAAAUACACCAACGGAUACACACUGGAGUUAUCACCUUAUCACUGCACUGACUGUGAGAAGAGAUUCUCUCAACAGAGCAAUUUAAAAAGACACCAAAGUAUACAUAAAGGAGAGAAGCCUCAUCAGUUCUCUCAGACCAGCUAAGAUUAGAUUCUCCACUUAAUUAUCAUGUCAUUAAAUAAUUGGCAAUGUUGAAUUGGAUCAAAUGAAGAAAGCGUAGAGCACUUGAAAUCCUAUUUUCUCACUGUGAGAGAACUGUGCAGAGGAAAGGGAGUAGUUUAUAGGAUGUUAGCCUCUCUUUACUGAUCAGUGUGCACCAUGUCAGUUUUGGUGUGUUUUGUUAGCUUCUAGUGUAAAGAUAUUGAGAUUACCUUGAAUUUGCUUUUAGGGUUGAAUAUCCUCUGUGAGACGUCUCACAAUGGAGUCUGAUGGGUGACUGGGUGGUACUGCUUCCCUCUGCAGGUUUCUGUGGGAAUGAGCUGGUAGACAACAUGCACUGAGUGUACAAAACAUUAAGGACACCUGCUCUUUUCAUGACAUAGAUUGACCAGGUGAACCCAGGUGAAAACUAUCAUCCUUAAUGCUGUUUAUUUAUUAUGGAUCCCCAUUAGCUUUCAGCAGAAAACAUGAAACUGCAGUUGGAGUGGGCUAAGAAUUGAAAACUACUACUACUUUUUGGUACCUUGUUAACAUUACAACAUGAAAUCCACGUCUUACGUGUUGCUACAUUUCGGAAAUGGCAAUGAACGCGUGUAAUCUGCUUGACACAUUAAAGUGACUUACCUUACAGAUCACAGUCAGCUCAUUUCCAUUUGAUUGUCUGGCUGUCCUGUUUUAUUUUAACUGUUAUUUUAACCAAGCCCUUGUGGUUGAAUAUGAAAUAUAUAUAUAUAUAUAUGUGUGUAUGUGUGUGUGUGUGUGUGUGUGUAUAUAUAUAUGUAUGUGUGUGUCUAUUGUAGGUCCUAGCAUACACAAUGAAUAAUGUGGAACAAAUAAAUACCAUCAAAGGAUGCCUGGCAAUAUCUAAGUUUGUAAUACAUAAACUCUGAUCGUUUUUAUUUUCACAGAUGAUUUUUUUGUACACACAUGGCAGACAUACUUAACUCUGGUGUGUGGAAUAAAGAGGUGGGUGCUGUGUGGUUGGGAGGUUCUGCCUGUCACUUGUUCUCAAAUAGGCAGUCUCGGAAGGGGGACUUGAAGAGGGAGACUGCGAAGUCCAGGCAUUGCAGUGCUAGUAGUUUUUUAGUUCAUCUGUGUAUCUCACAUAUUAUGUGCCCAGUAUGAUAUGGUGUGCAAACUUUAUUAGCAGAUAAUGACAACAUGACAAUAACAGUAGCUUUAAAUGAUGUAAUGAGAUGGAUGGGAUGAGUGGGCAGAUUGUUGGGAAAUCAGAAGUCACUAGAUGCAGAAUUUCAUCUGGAGGGAGAGGUGAGAAAGAGUUAAAAGAUGAGGAAGGAGGCAGAAUCAAGAGAUGCUUGAUCAGGUGCUGUGGCUAAUUCUUCCUGUCACUUGUCCUCGACAGGCAGCCAGUCUUAAAGAACAAUCAUGUUAAAUCAAUUGUUGUUUUGUGAUAUCAUUGAAGACGUUAGAACGGAAACAUUGUAACUUUAAGAGCUUUCACAAUGUAUAUG